UAGAAUUCCAUAAGUCAUUUCUCAGGGGCUCCUUGUUCCCCAGUUGAACGCCUCACGAACACUAGCUAAACUUCAUUCAGAUAAAUGCAACUCACAGCAUCCGCCCCCACGCUAGAAGACCAAGCACAACCUGCUGCGCCGACCAAGAUAGUCCUCGCUGGGAAAUUGUUUGAUCCAUACACGCUCGAACUUCUUGAUAAUCAAGCCAUAACGAUAUGCAAUGACUCUGGAAUGAUCCUGGAUGUUUCACCGUUGUCAGCAAUCGGUAGUAAUCUGGUGUCUUUUGACGGGGAAGUAAUAGACCUACGGCACUUGACGGUACUACCAGGUUUCGUCGACACUCACGUUCACUUCUUCUUACAUCCGUACGCGGAGACCUCAUGGGUGGACCAGGUUACCAAAGAGAGCAUCGUCGAGCGCACCAUCAAGGCCACGGUGCACGCUAAACGUACCUUGAUGGCAGGCUUCACGACAGUGCGUGAUCUAGGUACCGAGGGUGCAGGGGACGCAGAUAUUGCGCUACGCAAAUGUUUAUCGAGCCCUGGUGCCCUCAUACCCGGCCCGAGAUAUUUUUGUGUCACGAGGGCAAUUGCACCCACGGGAACGUACGGUCCAAAGAGUUCCCUCUAUGUCAACAAAGAAGGUAUCGAUGAUGUCACCGGCGUCGAUGUAGCAGAUGGAACUCAAGAGUGUAUCAAGGCCGUCCGGAGGCAGAUUGGCGCGGGGGCAGAUUGGAUCAAGAUCUAUGCAGACUACGCCGUUCGAUCACGGGCUUCUGAAGUCUCGCGUAGGGUUGCGGCUGCGUCCAUGGCCACAUUCGAUUACGAUGAGCUGAGGGCAAUGAUCUGCACUGCCCAUGCGUAUGGGGUCAAGGUCGCCGCUCAUGCAACGAAUAGGUCAACCAUUAUACCUCUGAUAAGUCUCGGAGUGGACUCCAUUGAGCACGCAUAUGAUAUGUUCGCUCCUGAUUCGACUGCGGUAGAAAUGUUUGAAGAAUAUGCAGGCCAUAAAACCAAAUAUGUUCCGACCCUCGCGGCAUAUUAUACCAUGACUCAGGGGAAAGGAGAGCUCUGGGAUCGCGCUGCCAAUUCUUUCAAGGCGGCUUUAGAACUAGACUUGGACAAUAUUUCAUGCGGGGGUGAUACCGGGGUUUUCGCUCAUGGGGCCAAUGCGUUGGAGCUCUCGCUCAUGGUUCGGUUGGGUGCUGAUUGGAAGAAGGUGCUAAGAUGGGCGACUUUAGGUGGCUGGGAGUGUAUACGAUCAAGGAUGUGGGAAGGCGAGGCAGGAAAGACCCGACUCGCCCAGGUAGGUGAUCUCAAGGAGGACCCAAGGAUUGUUGGUGAUAACGAGGUACCGUUUGGGGCGGUGAGAAGAGGGUUUAUUGCUGACUUGAUUGCAACACCGGGAAACUUUGCGGCAGAUUUCGAAGGUGCGGUAUCCGCGGAAAGCAUACAGUUUGUCAUGAAGGGUGGCAAAAUCUAUAAACGUGACGGUUUACCUCUUGUGUAACAGGUACUUGUAGUACAUAGCUUUCGCGCUACGCACGGCA